GCUUUGACGUGGGAGAUUUUGUCUCAAGUAAGCGCGUGAGCUCGGCCAAAUGGCACGUAUUUGCAAUUAUUUAAAUAUCAGGUCCUGGAGGAUGUAAGUUGUCUCUUGCUCGGUCGCGGGACACGCUAUUGAACUGUUGCUUGACAGGAACCUUGAAUGCGUCCAGCGUAAUGGGAGCUCCUCCCUGGCUCACAUCAGAUCACUUGUUCCAGAAGAAUUCAUCCAAUUGCUGAGCGGCCGACGUGCAUUGCACGACCGAAACUAUUCCCCUCGCGAAGAGAUUCGCUUUUAAUUUUAGCCAUACGGAACACAUGCAUCCCCCGACAUAAAUUCACUCGAGCACCAAAAACCUCGGUGUACCGAUCUUUCCAUCAAUCGAUCUAUCGCCACCAAAGUUAAUGCUGCUGGCGCUCCAAAACCUUUCAAACGAUGUUGCUGAUAAAGAUCGUCGUCACUGGAUUCCUCUCCUCGCUACUACUGCUUAGAACCGAAGCGUCGGAUGAUCAUCGCCAACACCACUUUGUUCUCGUCCAUGGAGCCGGGCAUGGCGCUUGGUGCUGGUACAAAGUCACAAACCUCCUCCAUAAGGCCGGACACAAGGUGGACGCCAUCGAUCUCUUGAGCGCCGGGAUCAGCAGCUUCGAUCCCACCAGGGUUGGAACUCUUGUCAGAUAUACGUCUCCACUGGUGGAUUUCCUGGAGCAGCUGCCUCACAACGGCACGGUAGUUCAUCCUGUUCGGAUUGAUCACUCACGCUAUUGGAUUUCCUGUAUACUUCAGGUCGUGCUGGUCGGGCACAGCCUUGGAGGCGCGAGCCUCACGUACGCGCUGGAGAAAUUCCCGGAAAAGAUUGUUGCAGCGAUCUACGUCGCGGGGCUGAUGCUUCCCAGUGGACGCGCUGGCACCGCGCUCAACAACCAGCUCCAGGGAAGACUGCCACUGCCCGGCCCUGCAGGAACCGUGCCUCUGGCAAUCCCAUUCCAGCUCGAUCUCGUCCAAAAUCUCCUCUACAAUCUCUCGCCGCCUGAGAACGUGGAGCUGGCGAAAUCCCUCCUCAAGCCCGUGCCAGUGCUGGAUCCCGCCGUGAAUUUCACGCAGGCGCGCUACGGCAGCGUCCCGCGCUACUUCAUCAAGACCGAUCACGACAAUGUCGUGCUGCCCCAGGACCAAGAUUUGCUCAUACGUACCACUCCCCCGAUCGGUGUCUUCAGGAUCUCCUCGGAUCACACACCCUUCUUCUCGAAUCCUAGCGGUCUCGCGAGCGUUUUGGACCGCAUCGCAAGAACGCUUCCAUGAUCCAUUUAACCCUUUCCAUCUUCAAACAACUA